AGGAGCGGGCGCGGGAGAGGAGGGGGCCGGGGCGGGAGGCGGACCGCCGGGGCGCGGGCUCCUCCACUCCUCCUCCCACCGCCGCUCCAGUGCCGGCGGGGCUGCGGGGCAGGACCCGCCGCGGAGAGCAUCCUCCGGCCGCGGGGCCUCGCUGCGCUCCCCGCUGGGACAGGAGGUGGUGGCAGGUGUCCCCUGCCAGGCAGCCCGGGACCUUGCGAAGCGUCCGCCCUGGGCUUAGCGGAUUCCAGCCUCCCGCCCGCCCCAUCCCGUCCAUCAGGCGGUCGGGGGGCUGCCGUCGGUUCCCUCCUUGCCGCCACUGAGCGAGCGACUGGAAAACCUGAAAGCCCGGGCGAACUGCGGGAGAAGAUUAUGGCAACGUGACUGGGAAGAGGAGCCGCCUGGCCGGAGCCCUCCCGUACCCCGGCGGAGCGGAGAGAACGGAGCCUCGCGGCCCUCCGAGCCGAAGCCGUGUUCGCCGGCAGCCUCCGGGGCCCGCGGCACAGCGGAGCGGCCUCCAGCCCUGCCCCAGCUCAACGUUCUCUGCUUUGGAGGUUCUUUCUUUUCCUUUUGUCGAUAAAGAUGAGAAAAAAGUGGAUAUUGAAGGAUUUUCAUUUUAUCUUUUGUGGUGUGCUCUGUCUCCUUUUCAUAGAUGGAAGUAAACUAGAACAAGUAAAACACUCAGAUACAUACUGCGUGUUUCAAGAUAAGAAGUAUCGUGUUGGAGAGAGAUGGCAUCCUUACUUAGAACCCUAUGGCCUUGUCUACUGCGUAAAUUGUCUAUGCUCAGAGAAUGGAAAUGUACUGUGCAGCAGAAUAAGAUGCCCAAGUCUACACUGUCCUUCCCCUGUGCACGUACCACAGCUGUGCUGCCCACGAUGCCCAGAAGACUCCCUGUUCUCAGUAAGCAGCAAAAUCACCGGGAAAUCCUGUGAAUACAAUGGCACCACCUACCAUCAUGGUGAAAUGUUUGUGGCAGAGGGACUUUUCCAAAACAGGCAAGCAAACCAGUGUGCCCAGUGCAGCUGCUCAGAAGGAAAUGUGUACUGUGGGUUGAAGACUUGUCCCAAAUUAACUUGCUCAUUCCCAGUUUCCGUUCCGGAGUCCUGCUGUCCAGUUUGCAGAGGAGAUGGAGAAUUAUCAUGGGAACAUUCCGAUGGGGAUAUCUUCCGGCAGCCGGCCAACAGGGAAGCUAGACACUCAUAUCAUCGCUCCCACUAUGACCUGUCACCCAGCUCUGCAAGGCAGGUAGUCAACAUUCCACGCUUUCCGAAUGCCAGGAGUAACCGUGGAGUCCUCCCAGAUCCCCAACAAGCUUCAGGAACAAUAGUACAAAUCGUCAUCAACAACAAGCACAAGCACGGACGAGUGUGCGUUUCAAAUGGCAAAACAUAUUCACAUGGUGAAUCUUGGCAUCCUAAUCUCCGAGCCUUCGGAAUCGUAGAGUGUGUGUUGUGCACCUGCAACAUCACCAAACAAGAAUGUAAGAAAAUUCACUGUCCAGAACAAUAUCCCUGCAAAUACCCUCAGAAAGUAGAAGGAAAAUGCUGUAAAGUCUGUCCAGAAGAAGUACCAAGUCAAGCCUUUGACAACAAAGAUUACUUCUGUGGGAAGGAGACAUUUCCCGUCUAUGAAUCCGUUUUCACGGAGGAAGGAGAAACCAUCAGAAAAAUUGCAGUAGAAACUGAAAAGCCACCUCAAAUAGAAAUACAUGUGUGGACAAUUAGAAAAGGCAUUCUGCGUCACUUCUAUGUUGAAAAAGUGUCCAAGAGAGAAUUUGAAGAACUUCCUUACUUCAAGCAGAUAACAAGGACAACCCCUAGCCAGUGGAAAAUAUUUAGCGAGGGAGAAGCUCAGAUCAGCCAAAUGUGUGAAAGCAGAGUGUGCAGGACUGAGCUCGAGGAUCUGGUAAAGGUUUUGUACCUUGAGAAGUCUGAAAAGGGUCACUGUUAAGGGAGACAGCACUGGAGGGAAAAACACAAGAAAACUUAUGAAAACUUGGGAUCUGCAGCUGGACUGCAGGCUUAUUUUGCUUAAGUCAACAGUUGCCCUAAAAACCAAAACUAUAAUGCAGUAAUUAUUCACAUCAUGCACAGCAAAUUUGCUGCUUUAUGUGUAGUGGUCUGUGUCAACCGUUUAAAUAUCUCCUCCAAAAGACUAGGAGGCUCUGUGUUACUGGUGGGGGAAGGAGAAAGAGAGACUGUACUCUCCCAGAGUUGCAUUUCUUUACAAGUUAAAAAGAGAAAACAGAACAUUUUUAUUAUUAUUAUUAUUUGGCAACUUAUUCAAACUAAUGAAAAGAAAGACACCUAAUAAAUGCGCAGGAGCUAUGGAGAGCAGUAUUGCCUGUGCUGAAUUUAUACCAUUUCUGGUGUUGAAAUGACUCAUGGAUUAUUUUAGUAGUGGAGAAAAAAUACAAGUGAUACAAUACUUGCGUUGGAGACAUAAAAAAACAGAUUUAAACUAACAAACUCCUAAGCAGCCUGCCUUUGGGAUGAUGUCUUGUAGUUGAGCAAACUGAGUCCAUAAACUGAACAGCAGGUGUUAGUGGCAAUCACUGUAUUUUUGUAGCAAUUUGAGCAAACGUUCACUUUUAAGUGGUUUUCACUGUUUCCUCCACCCACUUCUCUAUAAAAAUGUGAAGUGUCAGCUCCCUAUCACAGCCCUAACAACUUCAUUCUUCUGGGCCCUAUUAACGCAUGGGCUUGGCUGAUAAACUGCCUUCUAAAGUGACAUGGCAGAAGGUGGUGAAGUACUCGGAGUACUUUCAAAACACCUAGCAGGUUAAACCUCCUUCAAAGUUACCACAGUGCUUAAUUUAUUGGUUCUGAUCUGCUACAAACUGAAUCUUCCGCCUUUUCCCGAGGGUGACCUCUCUAUUCUCACACACUUGAAGGACAGGUUUUUCCCAUGACAAACACCAAACAGCUACAGCAACCCUUCGGAAUACAGCAGCUCUGUGGAGACUUACCUUUGUGAAAAACAAAUCUGAGAGGUCCUGUUUAAUGCAGCGUAGCAUGUCUGCAGUGCCUGUAAGAAAGGUGCCUCUCAUCUACUCUGCCUUGUGUCUGCCAUGCUGGAUUAAAUCCUGAGAAGCAAGCGAGUCUGCCUGCUUGUGCUCCCAUUUUCUACCCCACAAGCAGAUGGGAAUACUGCUGUUCAAACACA